AUGGCCCCUCCCAGCGGAGCCGCCUCAUACAAGAAGAAAGACGGCACCCUGACCCUGGCCGACGAUGAACAGUCGAUCUCAUGGAUCCCUGCGGCCGGUGCCUCGGGCACGCUCACGCUCGCCGUGGCCAGCAUAACCAACCUCCAGCAGACCCCAGCGACGAACCCGAAAGUGAUGCUGAAGAUUUUUGCCCAAGCGCCCAACGCUCCUCUCAAUGGCCCUUCCGAAGCAUACGUUUUUCUGUUCACGGCGGGCGCAAAUGCCCGCCCGCAGGCCGAUGCCAUCAAAGAGAAGCUCAGUGCCCGGCUCAAUAUGGGGAAGCCGGCGACGCCCUCGCAGACACCGGCCCCGGGGGAGGGAGGAGGAGGGAUAUCGGCGGCUAUGGCUAUCGCGAAUGCCGUCUCGUCUGCAGGGACGACGAAUAAUCCCUGGGAUGACGAUAACCGGCUCCGAACCGACAGCGAAUUGCAGCAAUCGCUGCUGAAAUCGGAUCCGGUCUUGAAGCGGAUGCUCAUGGAUUCGAUCCAAACCAAGCCCGACGCCCUGACCACGCCGCAGUUCAUGUCGCAGUUUUGGUCGACGCGGCUCCACCUGUUGCGAGCGCACGCCAUUGAGCAGGCGCAAACCCGCGGAUCUUAUAAUGUCCUAUCAUCGUUGAAACCACGUGUUGAGGAUAACGUGCAACGACUCAAUAUCAGCAAGGAGCAGAUUCAACUCAUCUUCACGCAGCAUCCAUUGGUUAAGCGUGUGUACGACGAGAAUGUGCCAAAGCUCAGCGAGCAGCAGUUCUGGUCGCGGUUCUUUCAGAGCCGCCUGUUUAAAAAACUACGGGGCGAGCGCAUCUCUGAAGCGGAUGCUUCCGAUGGAGUGCUCGAUAAAUACCUUAGAUCUGACGAGGCUGUCGACGCCGACCGACAGGCCAACGUUCCCAACUUCUUGGAUCUGGCUGGAAACGAAGUUCAUCACAGCCAGCGCCGUGGAAACCGGCCGGAUCUCGACAUGCGGCCGUCCGGUGUGGACAAAGUGCCCAUCAUCCGGACAUUGAACAACUUGAGUGAGAAGAUCAUGGCGAACGUGGCCCCGGCCGAUGGCGACGUGAGUGCCCCAAUCGGUCUGGACGAGGAGGCAUGGAAAAAGCUGCAGCUGCAGGAUCUCCGCGGGGAUGAGGAGCAAAGCCGCAUCACUCUGAACAUCCGUGACCAAAGCCGGUUCUUCUCGCAUGGCCAAGAGGGAGACGCGAGCCGGCAGCUCGCCCAGCAAGACCCGGACCAGGUUCUGCAGACGCUGCGCGCCGAUCUCGCGCAAAGUCUUCCAUUGAAAGACACUCCACAGCUGCGGAAACUCGUGGACCCGGGCCCUGAAGAGGAUGAGGAGAUGGAGGAUGCACCUGCUAGUCGGCGCCCCGUCGGCUCGUCCGCUGCACUACACGACGCCUUCGCCCAGAUCCUGAACGCAGUGCGCGAGCGACGCGCGCAGAUGAAUGAGGGCGCCGUGUCUGAGACCCACGGGCUCUCAACGGGGCUGUAUGACCGAUUGACGCUGACGCACGCGACGACAACCGAGUUCUUGCACCAAUUCUGGCAGGCGUUUCUGUCGGGCAACCCGGACCGUGCCACUGAGGUUGGAUCAUUAGCCGAGUCGCUGCAGCGGGCCAUGGAUCGGAUCCAGGCCGUUGCCAAUGAUGCCGAGGCCGAGCGCCAGGUCGAAGUGGAUCGACUGAAAAAGCAAGCGCGGGAAAUGUACGAGGGCACCGGGCGUCGGCUGCGCAUGAACCUGGAUGCGGUCGAGGGUGGACAGAAGGUCGUGAAUCAGCUGCUUGGUCCGACCCUGCACGCAUUAAAAGUCGCUUUGGACCGGUACAGCGCGGCACUGGCAGCGGAGAAACAAGCACUGCCACUUGCAUAG